AUGUUGCGUGCUUCUAUCUUGAGACAGGCCCGGGGCUCCAGAAUGUUUGGAGUGUCUGCAAUCUACAAUAACAAGGCCAAGUCUCCUUUGGAAGUUUUUUUUCAGACUUUCAGAGAUGAGGUGAAAAAGUCGUCAGAGCUUAAGGACAACAUCAAGGCCUUGCAGGAUGAGACCGGCAGAGUCGCUGAGAGUGAAGCCUUCAAGAAGGCGAAGGAGGCAUACGACAAGGCACAGAAAGGUAGCUCAGCUGCCGGAAAAAUGGCCAAAAAGACUGCUGAGGCAGUUGGAGAUGUUGCACACAAGGCUUGGGAGUCCCCCGUAGGAAAAGGAGUCAGAACAACGGUUAGAACGGGUGCAGAGGCUGCUGAUAAGGCAUUUGAGCCAGUCAGAAAUACUCAGGUUUACAAGGAUGUGAGUGAAAUUAUCGACGACGGAUCAUCCACGGCAUAUGGAGGAUUUUUGACCAAGGAACAGAGAAUUGCCUUAAGAAAGAAGGAAUUAGAAGCCAAGAUGAAGAACGGAAAGUUGUGGAAACCUGUCAAGGAGAAUGAAGAGGCCGGGGGAGAAUUGGUGGCUACCAACAUCAAGGCUAGUGGGCCAUCAGUGGGAGAGAAGUGGGAAGAGUUCAAGUUGAAGUCUCCAGCCGGUCGUGGAUUUGUAUACUUGAAGGAGAAGUGGGAUGAGUCCGAAAACGGAUUGAUUUCGCUCGUCAGAACUAUUUUUGAGAAGGUUACCGGGUUUUUCUCCGAAACCGAGCAAGCCAAGGUGGUCAAGCAGUUCAGACUCAUGGACCCCAACUUCCGUGUGAUUGAUUUCACCAGAACGCUCACCAACUACAUUGUACCGGAGUUAUUGGAUGCUUACAUCAAGAACGACGAGGCUGUGUUGAAGGAGUGGCUCUCAGAGGCUCCAUUCAACGUGUGGCAAGCCAACAACAAACAGUUUGUUCAACAGGGCUUGUUCUCCGAUGGUAGAAUCUUGGAUAUCCGUGGUGUGGAGGUUGUGACGUGCAAAAGCUUGCAACCCAACGACACCCCCGUAAUUGUGGCCAGCUGUCGUGCCCAAGAGAUUCAUUUGUACAGAAAAGCUAAGACCGGAGAGGUUGCAGCAGGUACCGAGGAUCACAUCCAGAUGAGCACGUAUGCAAUGGUGUUCACGAGAAUCCCUGAGGAGAUGGAUAACGAGACGACCGAGGGAUGGAAGGUAAUCGAGUUUGCCCGGGGCGGAUCGAGACCAUUCCAUUAG